CUCCCCGUUCACAAGUUAACGAGACUCCGGGCCGAACAGAACUUUACGGUCGAAAACGAAUACGAAAAAAGAAGAAAAAGUGAGAACGGCUGUCAAAAUAAAAACCAAUCGUUGGGCAAAUAUUUGUGAAGCAAUUAAAAGAAUCCACGGCGCGUGUGUCUCGGCAGUGCUCCAUCAGGCGUCAACUAUCCGAAACUUUCCGUAAUUCUAUAUCUCCGCCAAUCGAAUAAGCAACAUGUCUGAGUUUCUAAGGGAACAUGGCGAAUACGUCUGGGUCAAGCCGCAGAACACAAACAGCGAAUUCGCUGUGCCUUUCGGGGCACGCAUUGUGCGCACAGAAAAGACCCAGACACUGAUAUGCGAUGAUGGCAAAAAGCAGUUCUGGGUGCCGGCUGGAGAUGUGCUCAAGGCCAUGCACGUCACCUCCCACGCGGACGUAGAGGACAUGAUCACACUCGGCGACCUGCAGGAGUAUACCAUACUGCGCAACUUACAGACGCGCUACGACAAACAGUUCAUCUAUACAUACACAGGGUCGAUGCUGGUGGCCAUCAAUCCCUAUCAGAUACUGCCCAUCUACACGCAUCGCGAGAUUCAGUUGUAUCGGAAUAAGAAAUUGAAUGAGCUGCCUCCACACAUCUUUGCCAUUAGCGAUAAUGCCUUCCAGCGCCUGCAGCGGCUCAAGGAGGAUCAAUGCGUCGUCAUUAGCGGCGAAUCGGGAGCGGGAAAAACCGAGAGCACCAAGCUGAUACUACAAUAUCUGGCCGCUAUUAGUGGCAAGCACUCAUGGAUCGAGCAGCAAAUCAUUGAGGCGAACCCAAUAAUGGAGGCCUUCGGCAACGCGAAGACCGUGCGCAACGACAACUCUUCCCGCUUUGGCAAAUACAUUGACAUACGCUUCACACCCGAAGGGUCCAUACAGGGUGCUCGCAUACAGCAGUAUUUGCUGGAAAAGUCGCGCAUUGUGUUUCAAAGUCGCGAGGAGCGCAACUAUCACAUCUUCUACUGUAUGCUGGCUGGCUUGACUGCUGCCGAGCGGGAAAGACUGCAGCUACAUGAGCAGUCGCCCAGUCAGUACCAUUAUUUGGCACAGGGCGGUUGCUUUGCGCUGCCAGGCAAGCAGGACGAGAAGGACUUUGCAGACAUACGGGCUGCCAUGAAGGUGCUGUCGUUCAAGCCAGAGGAGCUCUGGAGCAUACUCAGCCUCCUGGCUGCCAUACUUCACUUUGGCAAUUUGCGCUUCAAGGCGAUGGAAGUGGCCAACUUGCAGGCCGCCGAGGUGGAUGAUCCAGUGAAUUUGCAGCGCAUAGCCCAGCUUUUGGGGCUGCCAGAGGCGCCUCUCAAUGCGGCCCUCACACAACGGACGAUCUUUGUGCAUGGCGAGCACGUGGUAACCAGCCUAUCAAAGGAGGCUGCCUUGGAGGGACGAGAUGCCUUCGUCAAAGCACUGUACGACGGAAUUUUCGUACGCAUUGUAAAACGCAUCAAUGACACGAUCAACAAGCCGCCGGUGCAGCCAGUGAACAGCAUCGGCGUAUUGGACAUCUUUGGCUUCGAGAACUUUGACAACAACAGCUUUGAGCAGUUGUGCAUCAACUAUGCCAAUGAGAACUUGCAGCAAUUCUUUGUUGGUCACAUUUUCAAGAUGGAGCAGGCAGAGUAUCAGCUGGAGCACAUUAACUGGCUGCAUAUCGAGUUUCAGGACAAUCAGGAUAUACUCGAUCUCAUUGGCAUGAAACCUGUGAAUAUUAUGUCGCUCAUCGAUGAGGAGUCCAAGUUUCCCAAGGGCACGGAUCAGACGCUGCUGGAGAAGCUGCACGUUCAGCACGGCAAUCGGUCCAUGUACGUCAAGGGCAAGACGACACAAACUUCGCUCUUCGGCAUACGUCACUAUGCUGGCGUCGUUAUGUACAAUCCAUUGGGCUUUCUCGAGAAGAAUCGUGAUUCGUUUAGCAGUGAUCUGCGUAACCUCGUACAGCGCUCCACCAACAAGUAUCUGGUCGACAUAUGUCCUCAAGAACUGCCCAUGGACACGGCUAAGAAGCAACCCACGCUAUGCGUCAAAUUUCGCAAUUCCCUGGACAUGCUCAUGCGUACCUUAUCCCAGGCACAUCCCUAUUUCAUACGCUGUAUCAAGCCCAAUGAGUACAAGGAACCUAAUAACUUUGACAAGGAGUUGUGCGUACGUCAGCUGCGCUACUCUGGCAUGAUGGAAACGGCUCGCAUCCGUCGGGCUGGUUAUCCCAUACGGCACGAGUAUCGAGCCUUCGUGGAACGUUAUCGAUUGCUGGUGCCGCGGACUGGUCCUCUGGACCAGUGCGAUUGCCGGUUGCUGGCUCGUCAGAUUUGCGAGGCGGCUUUGUCGGCUGACGCGGAUCGACAAUUUGGACGCACGAAACUCUUCUUGCGGGAUGAGGAUGAUGCACUCUUAGAGGCGAAACGAUCACGAGUGAUGCUUAAAUACAUUGUUACUAUACAGAGGGGCAUAAGACGCGUGCUCUUCCGUCGCUAUAUGGAGAAAUAUCGUGUGGCUAUUGUCACAGUGCAGCGGCAUUGGCGUGGUCGUGCUGACAGGCGCAGAUUUUUGACCAUGCAACGCGGCUUCCACAGAUUGGGUGCUUGCCUUGUAGCCCAGCGGCUUACUACACAGUUUACAAUGGUGCGCAGUCGCAUGAUUAAACUGCAGGCUCUGAGUCGCGGCUAUCUGGCUCGAAAACGCUACGGCCUAGAACUACAGGAUAGGCGGUCGAAACACAAAGAAUCGCAGCAGCAGCUAAAGUUAUUGAAAGAGCAAGAGCAGCUGCGCCUACAGAAGCUAGAGCAGCAGCGUGUCAAGCAGCAGCAGGCAGAAGCAGAGCAGCGCUUAAAGAAUAAGCAGGCAGAGGAGCAGCGCUUCAAAGAGCAGAUUGCCGCACGCAAUGCUCUGGCCAUGGCUGCAGUGCAACAGCCCAAGCGCACAAAGUCGUUAAAGCAAGCAGAGAAGCCACAGAUGAGGCAGAAUGCGCUGCCUGCACCCACGCUGCAAGCACGUAUGUCGCUGCCACCACCCCCAGUGAUGUUCGCAAAUGUCGCAGUUGUGCCGAAUGGUGGCAAGAUGAAUGGCAAUGCUGCUGAUAGUCCUGGCUACAUGGACGUGGAGUCAUCCAAGCAGAUUGUAGACGAUGUCUUUGGCUUCCUCAACGACGAGCCCGAUAUUAAUCUAAAGAAGACCAACAGCAUCAGCUCCGCUGGCACCAUUCGAUUGCCCAAGCCAACACCGCGACAUGUGGACACCUCUGACUUUAGCUUCUUAAAAUUUGCCUCCACAUACUUUAGCAGCGGUACCACAUAUCAGCAUGAAAGGAAGCCCUUAAAGCAGCCUUUACUAAAACAUGAUCUGCCCAUUGAUCAAAUGGCUGCCAAGGCCAUUUGGGUACUGAUUCUGCGCUUUAUGGGUGAUCUGCCAGAGUCAGCGCCCAGCCCGACCCCACACUCUCUGCGUAGUCCACAACUAAUGCAGGAAAUAGCAUCUCUCUUUGGCGCCAAGCCCGGUCGCUUUGUGCGGCAAACUCCUAAACGUCUACCAAAGUCGUUCAGCAACGUAAAUGGCCAAAGGACUGCUGAAGAGUUUUAUCAACUCUGGCUAAAUGCCGGCAGUAGCCAUUUGGAUAAGAUUCAUUUCGUCAUCGGACAUGGCAUCUUGAAAGAAGAGUUAAGAGAUGAAAUUCUGGCACAAAUAUGCAAGCAGCUUAAUCUUAAUCCCAGUCGAAGUUCGCUCUCUCGUGGCUGGUUGCUUUUGUCGCUCUGCUUGAGCUGCUUUCCACCCACAUUGAACUUCGAGCCCUAUUUACGCAGCUACCUGAAGGCGGGCACUGCCAAGCUGCACGCAGUGCCAUCUUUGCAGCAUCUGGAGCGCACCUUGGCCAAUGGAUCGCGUUCACAGCCGCCGUCGCUGUUCGAGUUGCAGGCAAUUCGUAGUCGCCAGCCUCUAAAGCUGGCAAUUUAUUUGAUGGAUGGCCAGGCGCGUAAAUUGCAGGUAGAUGCAGCCAGCACAGCCAGAGAAGCGGUUCAGCAGCUAUGCGAUGGACUGGGUCUAACCGACUGCUUUGGCUUCGGCUUAGUCCUUUCGUUGGAUGAGAAGCUUAUGCCACUGGGCGCUGGGAGGGAACAUGUCCUAGACGCCAUCUCCAGCUGUGAGCAGAAGCAGCCGGAUGCGCCCUGGAAGCUGUAUCUGCGCAAGGAAGUCUUUGGUGCCUGGUAUGAUCCCACCCUGGACCCCAAGGCUUCUCAUCUCAUUUACAAGCAGAUUAUGAGUGGCUUAAAAUGUGGCGAAUAUCGCUGUCGUUCGGAGAAGGAUAUUGCAAUGAUCUGUGCCUUGGCCACCUACAUCGAGCAGGGAGCAGGACCAGUAACUAGAUUUACGGACAACCAACUGACGGCCUUUGUGCCUCACGACUUGCUGGCACCGGGUGAACGCGCUGUGCACAAUUGGAGUCGACUGAUUGCUACCAUGUACGAGAGUAGCGCCUAUGUGAAAAAGGGCCAAGACAUGGAGUCGCAGCUGCGUGCUAAGGAAGACAUUUGUCUAUUUGCCCAUCUGUCCUGGCCCAUGCGUCAUUCCUGCUUGUUCGAAGUGCAGCGCCUGUCCGGCCCGAAACUGCAGAGGGACGAUCUAAUUUUAGCUAUCAAUGCUACAGGAGUCUCGCUCAUUGACGAAACGGAACAGGUGCUCGCAUCCUGCAGCUAUGCCGAAUUGAUCAAAGUUCAUUACCAGGCCAAUGAUCAGAUGCACGUGCUUACAGCGCAACAGGAGAACUUCGUGCUCCAGUCCAGCGAGGCUCGUGAUGCAGUCGAGCUAAUUGACUACAUGAUGCUUAAUUUGCAGCAACGUUCCAGCUAUGGCGUGGUCAUUCAAAGUAUUGAACAAGCUGAACAGACCGAACAGCUCUCAAUAGCAACUGGAGAUCUAAUUCAGUUCGAGGCUGGUGUAAUGGGUGCUCAACUAAUGGCAAGCGAUCCGCAAUGCAGCUGGCGAGGAUGUUGCAAUGGGCAGUGGGGUCUAUUUGCAGCCGGGAACGUUCGAAUCCUAGCCACGCUUGUGAAGCCCAGCUCACACGUACAGCAGAUACUCAAGGAACGAACAACUAGCGACUUGCUAGAGGAAAACACUUCAAUGCCGCCCACAACUUCUUCGCUGCGUCGCCAGCAUAGCUUGGCCAAGUUUGCAGACUUGCAGUUUAGGGAGCUCUUUGAAUCGGAGCUGUGUCCUUUAUGGAGAUAUUCCUCUGAGCCGCUCAAGGCGCCGCUUCUUAGGUCUCUACAUGCCAAGCCCCAUCUGUACCAACAGGCUCUAGUCGUUCAUCAUCACAUACUAAAGUACAUGGGCGACAUUGCACGUGGUAAUCUGCCGGUGAACACGGAUCUAAUCUUUCAACCGGCACUGCAAGAUCCUUUGGUGUGCGAUGAGGUCUUUUGCCAGCUGAUGAAGCAACUGAGCGCAAAUCCCAAGGAGGUGAGUGAGCAGCGUGGCUGGGACUUGCUCUAUUUGGCCACAGGGAUCAUGUCACCGAGUGUUCUUAUAAUGCGCGAACUUGUUUUGUUCCUGAGCCUGCGAAACGAUUCCCUGGCAGAGGCGUGUCUCCGACGUUUGAAACGUUCGGUGCAGCAUGGCCAGCGAAAACAGGCGCCUCAUCUAAUCGAGGUUGAGGGCAUUCAGCAGCGUUGUAUGCACAUUUAUCAUAAGAUUUAUUUCCCUGACGAUACGGUCGAGGCAUUUGAAAUCGAGUCACACACGCGAGGUGCAGAGCUCAUCGCGAAGAUAGCGCAGCGUUUGGAGCUGAAGUCCCAAUUGGGCUACAGCAUCUUCCUGAAGAUGGGCGAAAAGAUUUAUGCCAUGCCCGAGGCUGAGUUUGUAUUCGACUUCAUUACUGAGUUGUUGAGCUGUUUGCGCCAGCAGAGAACAAUUCGCUCCAGUUGCGAUGGUCACUAUCAGUUGCACUUUAUGCGCAAGCUUUGGAUUGACUGCCAGCCAGGCAAAGAUCUCAAUGCGGAUUUGAUCUUCACCUACCCACAGGAACUGCAUAAGUAUCUAAAAGGCCACUAUGACAUUAAACUGGAGAUGGCUCUCCAACUGGUCACCCUAAUAUACAGGGCGGAUCCAGACCACGGCGAAGAAGUGCCACUUCAUGAUCUUUUGCACCGCUUAGUGCCUGAAGAUUUGCUGCCACUGCAAACUCUUGCCGAGUGGCAUCAACAGCUGGUGCCCAUUCUCAAGCAGGACGCUGGACUUGAUGAAAAGGAGGCAAAACUAAUGUUUAUACAGGAGCUUGCCAAGCAACAGUGUUUUGGAUCCACGUUCUUUGUUAUCAAGCAGCUGAAUGAUCAGUCGUUGCCCGAGAAUCUAUUGGUUGCCAUAAACAGCGGAGGCUUCCAUUUGGUCGAUGCAAGCACAAAAAGAUUGCUCCGCAGCCACAGCUAUUCAGAGUUGGGCAUGUGGAGCUCUGGCAAGAAUCAUUUUCACAUACGGUUUGGCAAUAUGAUAGGCGCCGCGAAGCUGCUUUGCAGCACCACCCAAGGAUACAAGAUGGAUGAUUUGCUAACGUCCUACAUGAGGUACUUUAUUGAUAAGUAAGUGUC